CCUGUUGUCACAGAGUUGAACGAAAGCGCUCUACGAAGGUCGAAGUCACCAAACCGGUGAUUUUUUUUUUUGCGUGGACAAUAUGAUGUCCUUAGCGUGUCGUUCUGGGGCUCUGACCCCACACUUACAGGCAACCAACGUCGCUGUAAGCGGGACGUUAAAAGCUUUAACACCAGGGAUCUUUAACACAAGUGAAAAUGUGAAGAAAGCCCUUAAUUCCAAGACGAGGCCCUCAUGCGUCACAGGUUGCACUGGAGUCCGAUUUGCCCAUACAGACAUCAAGAUCCCGGACUUCUCAGAUUACCGCCGGCCAGAUGUGAUGGACCCAAACAAGUCCUCACAGGACAGCAGCGAAUCCAGGCGGACCUUCUCCUACCUGCUGACAGGCUCCACCGCCAUUGUGGGCGUCUACGCAGCCAAGACAGUGGUGACACAGUUUAUCACCUCCAUGAGUGCUUCGGCCGACGUGUUGGCCUUGUCCCAGAUCGAGAUCAAGCUGGGCGACAUCCCUGAAGGCAAGAACAUGACCUUCAAGUGGCGUGGGAAACCACUGUUUGUCCGCCACCGCACCGAAAAGGAGAUCGCCGCCGAGCUUGCUGUGGAUCUGUCAGAGCUUCGCGACCCCGAGCAUGACAAAGACCGUGUCCAGAAUCCCUCCUGGGUCAUCGUUCUUGGAGUCUGCACCCACCUGGGCUGUGUGCCUAUCGCUAACGCUGGAGACUAUGGCGGCUACUACUGCCCCUGCCAUGGCUCCCACUACGACGCUUCAGGCCGCAUCCGCAAGGGACCCGCACCCCUCAACCUGGAGGUGCCUUACUAUGAGUUCCCAGAUGAGGAUACAGUAGUCGUGGGCUAGACAGGCUAAGGCGAAAGACUGAUACUCCUUCUGUUUGCGUUCCGAGUUAAAUGUGUCCGGCCAAAUAUAAAGUAUAAUAAAUAUUAUUUUAAAACACUC